AUGACGCAUAAAACGGAAAGAGAUUUUCCAGAGGAAUUUCUAGAGAUGCUUGGCUAUAUGUUGUCCCAGAAAGAACGUGAAAAAUUACGAGCCGUAUCGACCCGAUGGAACGAAGCCAUCAAACGAAUACCGCCAACCGAAAACGUUCAAGUGAAGAGUGUUUCCAUUCAGGACAAUAUGAUAUCUAUUGAGACGGCUCGUGUAUCACAGUAUUAUUUUCGUAACGAUAAGAUGCUCUUCUUUAACAUAUCGCCAAAUUAUAUCAAAAUGGAUAAAGUAUUUUCACGGAAAGCAUUCUAUAUAUUUGCAUCAAAAGUAAAAAAUAUUAAAAAACUAUGGAUUAUUAUUCAUAAAUGCCAUGAAAUAUCUAAAUUGUGUCAAGUAUUCAACGAAGCUUGUUCACAUUGGAUUAUUCCGAGGGUAUCUGUAAAGAGCUCAUGUGCUUCACCAGAAGUUUGUCAGUUCUUAUCGUUAUUUGCGCCAAACUUAGUAAAAUUGAAUUUUCAUAAACGUCCAACGAAUUCAUGUGCAGCUCGUUCCUGUGAUCAUUGCUUAGACUAUCCGGAACAAGCGUUAAGUUUUCAGCAUUUUCUUGGCACUUUAGUGGCUGUACAGGAUCUGAGUGUACCAAUAAAACUGUUAAGUGCAUCAAUAACUUAUGACACUGAUCAAGUGCUACGUGAACUGAAAAUGCUCGAUGUUAUAAUUGUUGACGACGGUAAACUGGAACAGCCAGACUGGAUACCAAAUUCUAUUGAAGAGUAUGUUGUUAACUACAAGGUGCGGUUCUGUGUUGAUGGUAAUGUUGCACGAGUGACCAGUUUUGAGCAAAUGAAAGCAUUUGCAAAACGUUUUGAGGAACGGAUGGAUGAUAUUUUGUUUGGUUCCAAAGCUGAAAUGUCAAGAAAUGUUUACCUGUCCGAACCUAAAUGUAGCGUCGUAUUACAUAUGCUUGGAAAAUCGCUAGACAUAUCAUAUCGGGCUGUUGACUACAGAAAUCGUGGUUGGAAUUUACUGGUAAUGGUAACAUCAAGUUUUGAUACACAACGUCGGUGA